CAUAAUCCAUCAAUGGAGCUAGAGCUUGAAUCUUUUACACUGUGCACUCUGAUGCAGCUCUUCACCAACAUCCCCUUUGGCAGCACACUGUGUCUUUCACUGGCCAUUAUCAUCAUCACCCUCGUGAUCCUCACUACCUUUUCUUCAUCUCUCUUCCUUCGCUGGCCAAAAAUAAUCACUUUCUUCUGUAGCUGCGAAACAUGCCAGGCCUAUCUCACUUCAGGUUGGUCCAAAACCUUCGACAACCUUUGCGAUUGGUACGCUCACCUCCUCCGAAACUCGCCGACAAAAACCAUCCACAUCCACGUCCUCCGAAACACCAUCACCGCCAACCCCGACAACGUGGAAUACAUGCUCAAGACCAGGUUCCACAACUUCCCCAAGGGAAAAACGUUCUCCACCAUCCUCGGCGAUUUCCUCGGCCGAGGAAUCUUCAACGUCGACGGAGAAUCCUGGAGCUUCCAGAAGAAGAUGGCGAGUCUUGAACUCAGCAAGAACUCGAUAAGAUCCUUCGCCUUCGAGGUCGUCAAAUUCGAAAUCAAAGACCGACUCAUCCCUCUCCUUGUUCUGUCCAAACAAAAUGACUGUGUUUUGGAUUUACAAGACGUUUUCAAGAGAUUCUCGUUCGACAGCAUUUGUAGAUUCUCCUUCGGGUUGGACCCUAUGUGUCUGGAGCUGUCUCUGCCUAUAUCGGAGUUUGCUAUGUCCUUUGACUUGGCGUCGAAACUGUCCGCGGAGAGAGCCAUGUCGGUGUCCCCUCUAAUAUGGAAGAUCAAACGGUUCCUCAACGUGGGCUCCGAGAAGAAGCUGAGAAAAGCUAUUAAAAUGAUUGACAUCUUAGCCAGAGAAGUCAUAAGACAAAGAAGAAAAAUGGGGUUUUCAUCAAUUUCACCUCAUAAGGACGACUUGUUAUCACGGUUCAUGAGAACCAUCACUGAUGACACAUACUUAAAAGACAUUAUCGUAAGUUUCUUGCUAGCCGGUCGUGAUACCGUGGCUUCGGCUCUAACAAGCUUCUUUUGGCUCUUAGCAAAACACCCAGAAGUGGAAUCCCAAAUUCUUCUAGAAGCAGAGCAAGUAAUUGGAUCAGACUAUAACAAAGACCUUACAAGCUAUGAAGAGCUUCAACAACUGCACUAUUUACAAGCUGCGGCGAAUGAAAGCAUGAGACUUUAUCCUCCGAUUCAAUUCGAUUCCAAGUUUUGCUUAGAAGAUGAUGUGUUGCCUGAUGGGACUUUUGUGAAGAGAGGAACUAGGGUUACUUACCAUCCCUACGCGAUGGGGCGUUUGGAGGAGAUAUGGGGUUCGGAUUGCUUUGAGUUUAGGCCAGAGAGGUGGUUGAAGGAAGGACUUUUUUGCCCUCAGAAUCCGUUCAAGUAUCCGGUUUUUCAAGCGGGGAUAAGGGUGUGUUUGGGGAAAGAAAUGGCACUGUUGGAGCUCAAGAGUGUGGCGCUUUCGUUGCUUCGGAGGUUCCACAUCGAAUUGGCGGCACCACCACCGCAUCAUCAUCAUCACAGUACCCCACGUUUCUCGCCAGGCCUCACUGCAACUUUUAGUUGCGGUCUUCGCGUAAAGGUACGUGAACAAGGAACCCAACAACGACAACACACUACUCAACCUCUUCAUCAUUCAUAGUGAUUAUGAACGAAUAUUCAUAAUUAUCCCACCUGGCUGUUGACAAGGGAGAAAAUAAUAUAAAAGAAAUUAUGAAUCUUUGAGAAAAUUGGAUGAUAUACACUUCGGUUCUUAAUUAUUA